AAGAAGACAUGGACUGAUGACGUAACGACCCAAGAUGGCGAAAAAACUGCAUAGGAAAUCUGCAUCGUCCUCAAAUAAAUUAAAUAGUGCAAACAUGACGGAUGAUUUUCAAUUACAUCUCGACUCAAGCGACGACGAUGCUCCAGAAGAGGUGACCUUCGAAGAUUCAAAGGCUUCCGCUCUACGGAACAUGAAAGAUGCGUUGGAGACAGCCAAAAGGUACAGGCUAGCUACGUGCUAAUGCUAACGAUGUCCUCAUGGUACAGUAGUGUUUUGUUAGAGUAACGUUCAUGAAAAAACGUUUUUUUAAAUCGAAAACCAGAUGUUUUAGGCUUAUUUCUAGUGAAACACGUCAAUUCUGGUCUUCAUCUUGAUAGUUCGUUGCAAUAGUGAUAUUUUGGUCUUUUAGUAGUAAAUCUAAUUAGUUUUGCUCCCUAGCGGUUCAACUCUACCAUUGAAAUCGUGAUGUAGAGAAGGUGCCUCUACGUCAUCUCAAGGGAGGUGUUCGGUAUGAAAUACACUCCCAUCUAGAUGUGCUUGUGCUGAGUGGUACCGCCUCAAGGCUUACUAUAAAAGCAGAUGACAUCGUGUCUUAUUUGGCAAUGGUCUUGGUAAAUUAAGUGUGCCAAUAUAUUUUGCAUGAUGCUUCCUUGUCUAGACUACUGACCUUGCACAAAAUUCAAAUGGCAGUAAGGCACAUUUCUGCAUAUGACCAAAUUCGUUUUUGCUUAUCGUUUCAUACUAUGAGGAUGAGGAUUAUACGUUUGUUUAUAUUUGUAGCUACAUCAUUCAUAACAAGAAAUGGAUGACAAUGGUGGUCAUGUCAACUCAUAUUUUUUCCCAACAGCUAUGACUGAUUGGUCUGCUCAAACAGUUGGCUCAUAGCUCAGUGGUUGUGAGUUCUAAUCCCACAUGGGGCAGAAUUUUAUUUGUAUUUUUAAAUGCCCACACACACUUCUAAUUCUAAAAAGUGAAAGCAUACCUGUGAGCGGGGUCGCCCUGGUAGUAGUUGUAGGUUUUUACACAGUACCCAAGACCAAAGUGAGUUAAUUUGACCAAUGGAAAAAGAGCUAGUGCGUAAAUACAGCAAUCCGGUUUGGAUUGAAUUGAGCCCUUCAUUUUCAAGCUAUGACUGCAUUUUUCCCAACACAAUAACGCAAUAAAUGUGAGUCCACAUUUCAAAGAUUUAUUGCGCCCCAUGGGGGAUUCGAAUUUACACUGCAAGUGGCAGUAGAUAUCUAGGAACCCGGCACCUUACCACCGUGUGCUAACUGUCCAUGAGCAAUUCCCCCCACCCACAACUUCUCACCAGAAUUCAUUUUUUGAAAAUGUUAAAGGGUUGGGCAAAGGCAGAAAUUGGGGUUGAGAGUUACCCUUCAAUGGCUAGCCUGAGGUAACACAUUCAUUUGUUCACAGAGAAAAGGAUUUUCUCAAAGAAAAACGAAGGAAGAGACAGGAGCUGUUUCAAGAACAGAAGGUAGGUCCAUGUCUCAAUGUUGUCAAUGUUAUUAGCACAGUAACGUUAACGUUAUCUCUGCCACAAUUUAAUAAUAAUAAUAAUUUGGUGGGUGCUUAUCAGGGUUUCUGUUAUGAAAAUGUGGCCCCAGUCCUGCAGCAUUUUAAUUUACCGGACUCAUAUGCAUUGGGUGCGUAACCUGAUUAAGGAGUCCACCCACGUUGCUCAAAAUGACAGAAAUCACAUUUAUAUUAUAGUAAUUCAUCUCAACAGAACAUGCAAGUCGAGGAUGCAGUGACGUGUGUCCUUAACGCGCACUUUGAAGAUGUUAGAAUAAAUGUCCACAUUUACUUUUCUUCAGCCAACAAGACAAGUAACAAACAGCAGAAUCACUAGCCUAUGCAUAGUCGGCGUGUGAGUUUCGAGUUCCCGUUCCCCAGACCUGAAUCCAAUUGAGCACAUCUGGGACAUCAUGUCUCGCUCCAUCCACCAACGCCACGUUGCACCACAGACUGUCCAGGAAUUGGCGGAUGCUUUAGUCCAGGUCUGGGAGGAGAUCCCUCAGGAGACCAUCCGCCACCUCAUCAGGAGCAUGCCCAGGCGUUGUAGGGAGGUCAUACAGGCACGUGGAGGCCACACACACUACUGAGCCUCAUUUUGACAUGUUUUAAGGACAUUACAUCAAAGUUGGAUCAGCCUGUAGUGUGGUUUUCCACUUUAAUUUUGAGGGUGACUCCAAAUCCAGACCUCCAUGGGUUGAUAAAUUUGAUUUCCAUUGAUAAUUUUUGUGAUUUUGUUGUCAGCACAUUCAACUAUGUAAAGAAAAAAGUAUUUAAUAAGAUUAUUUCAUUCAUUCAGAUCUAGGAUGUGUUAUUUUAGUGUUCGCUUUAUUUUUUUGAGCAGUGUAUAUAUAUAUAUAUAUAUUUUUUUUUAAUCCAUUUUAGAACACGGCUGUAACUUAACAAAAUGUGGAACAUGUCAAGGAGGCUGAAUACUUUCAACUGGUAUUUCCAUAAAUUAACAGGCAAAGAAAAUCAUUAUUUCGCAAUGGGAUUAUUUUUUUUCUUCUCCCGGAUAAUUGGUCGGUGCCAAUUUUAUUUAUAGUUUUUUCUAUUUUGUUACAGCGAAAAGCCGGCUAUUACCCUGGUGCUUAUAUAUGUCCUAUUGUGUUUUUUGCAUAUCCCAACUCCCCUUGAGACCAGCCAUUAUCAACGGCAACCCUGGAGCAAUUAGGGUUAAGUGCCUUGCUCAAGGGCACAGACAGAUUUGACCUUGUCGGCUCGGGGAUUCGAACAAGCGACCUUUUGGGUACUGGCCCAACGCUAGGCUGCCUGCCGCCCAUUUACUGCGCGCAGUCAUAUUUGGCACAAUUUCUGUCAGAAGUAAUAGCAAAUACGUUUAUUUCCCUAUGCUUUAAGGCAGUGUUUUGAGAUUUUCUAUUUCUCACAACUUUCAGUUGCCAAGGGCUCAAAGGGUUAUAAUUUUGGUGAGCGAAUUUCUCUUCCAUGUUGUUUUGUACAGAAAAGAAGUCUUCUCCCUGCAGACAUUCUAGAAGAAAUUGACACAGCUCCAUCAAAGUAAGUGCACAUAGGCCUAUACCCCAAUAUGCAACAAUUAUGAUAUACUUUUAUAUUGCCAUACGGAUAUGAAACUAACUGUUCCUAACCCAUCUCUUUAGAAAACAGAAGUUACCUGGAGCUCAAGGUAGAUAUGUUCUCAUCACCUCACAUAGUUUAUUUUCAAGUAGCCGUCUCGUUUCUUCCUUAUUGAAAUUAUAAUUUAGCUUUCAACAAAUUGUUAAAUAAUGGCUACUGCUUCAGUUUCUAAAACUAAAUUGGCUUAUUUUGUCCUUAAUCCCAGCUGAAAGCAACAAUGAAGAGGCAAGCUGUUCAGGGGAGGAGGGGAGCGAAGGAUCGGAACAAGAGAAGGAGACGAAAGGAUUCAAGGGAAAUAUCCGGAGGUAAAACUGAAUUCUGGUCCCAUAGGCUGAAUUUAUACAGGCAGCCCAAUGUUGAUCUUUUGACAAUAAUUGGGCAAAAUAUCAUAUUUGGGCUGCCUGUGUAAAUGCAGCCAUAAAGGCAUGUCUAACAUGCUACACUGGGCGUGUAACUUUUGCAGUGCGUGAGAUGAGCACAUUCAUUUCAAUGAAACCAGGGCAUAAGAAGCGUGGCUCCGUAAGAGGCUUGUGGUAUGCACAGGGUAAAAUUACUCUCUGGUUCUAUUAUCAAGAAUUUGACACGUGGCUCACGUCUGAGAACACUUGCUAAAGUGGCUCACGCUCUGCAAAAGUUACUAAUCCAGUAAAGCAGCUAAGAACCUACUGUUUUUCGCGACGCCCCCUUUGUAGCUCCCCUGUAAGGUUUACGACUAGGCAAGCAUCCUUUUGAAAAAAAUCCAUUCUAAUGCUCCUCUAGUAGGAAUGGUCCAUUAAUGACACACACCUCUCGUUUCAGUCUGAAGGGGAACUACAGCAUAAUGAGGGUGGCGGACCAAUCUUCAGCCAACUCCCAACAGCAGACAGCCAUGGAUUUCAUACAGGCCAGACUGUAUGGCCCGGGAAGUCAGAGGACGACAAGUAUGAACACACACCAGGGUUUCGUUAGGAAAAUAUGGCACUGGACAUUUGACCGGCAGCAUUUAAAUUUAACAGACAUUUGAGAAAUUUAACGGACCCAUAUGCAUUGGGUGCGUAACCCGAUUAGAGCGUCCAGCCACAGUGCUCAUAAUGACAGAUUACAUUUCGAUGAUGGCUAUUCAUCUUAACAGCUGAUGCAACAGAUCAGAAUGUUUAGCUUAAAACAUUUAUAAACAAUUUCUUCAUGAAAAGUCAAUGUUCGUUCCAUAGGCAAAUGCAAUUAGCGGAAAAACAGUUGUCAAAAGCGCACCGCACAUGCGAGCGGUUUCAUGUGACAGAUGAAAAUAUCCGUUUAGAAAGAGGGGAGAUCUAAAGAUGCAACAAUUAGCUACUGGACAACGAAAUAGUUGAUUUGAAAACAAAUAGAAUAUGAGAGAAAUGGGCUACUGGUUUAAAUGGCAUAAGGACGUCUUUAUAAUUGCCUCCACGUUUCUAUGGUCGGAUUUUACUUUGAAGCAAGGUAAGACAUGCCUGAUAAUGAAGUAAAAGGUUCAGGAUUCAAACAAUUAAGGAUAGGUUAUUGAAAUGCAUACUGCCUCUAGCUCAUUGAAAAGUGGUGUGACGCGCCGAAGACUGCCUACUGUUGCCUGAGUGUACAAAACAUUAGGAACACCUUCCUAAUAUUGAGUCGCACACCCUUUUGCCCUCAGAACAGCCUCAAUUCGUUGGGGCAUGGACCCUACAAGGUGUCAAGCGUUCCACAGGGAUGCUGGCCCAUGUUGACUCCAAUGCUUCCUACAGUUGUCAAGUUGGCUGGAUGUCCUUUGGGUAGUGGACCAUUUUUUACACACACGGGAAACUGUUGAGCAUGAAAAACCCAGCAGCGGUACAGUUCUUGACACACUCAAACCGGUGCGCCUGGCACCUACUACCAUACCCUGUUCACUUAAAUAUUUUGUCUUGCCCAUUCACCCUCUGAGUGAACACAUACACAAUCCAUGUCUCAAGGCUUAAAAAUCCUUCUUUGACAUGUCUCCUCCCCUUCAUCUACCUACACUGAUUGAAGUGGAUUUAACAAGUGACCUCAAUAAGCGAUCAUAGCUUUCACCUGGUCAGUCUGUCAUGGAAAUAGGUGUUCCUAAUAUUUUGUACACUCCGUGUAUAUGCACUUGAAUGGCAAAUGGGAAGCGCGCUUCAAUUACCAGUUGAGAAAUACAAAUGGUAACUUUUUAAUCGUGGCCAUCACAACUGUUAACAGGUGAUUGCAUUUCGAAUUAUUGUGCAAUGAUUGGGCUUAUAAAAGCACUGCACGUUUCCCUCCAGCAGCAACAAACUAGCUGUUUGAGGAGCUGUAGAAGCAGCUCUCGCACUGACAGAUGUUCUGCUCAUAGGCUCUGUAUUUGAAUGCUCUGCGCAUGUAAUAAACAUAACGAAAAUACACACGCGCCAAUUUUAAUUUCACACAAUUAUGCAAAUUAACCUAUAGACCGAUAAGCAUGACCUGUCAAAUGAAUUUACAUCGACUGCUAUUUCCAUCAGUCAUCAGUGAAUAGGCUAAAAAGCAUUAUUUAGCAAUGGAAUUUUUCUUCUCUCUGACCAUUGGCCAGCGGCAGUUUUAUUUAUCAGCUUUUAAUUUUUGGGGGGGGCCAAAUGCCGGCCAUUACCGGCUAACAGAAACCAUGACAAACACACGCACUCCUCACAUGAAGACAAAUGCACACACCAAGAUUGCUUGUGUUACCCAGCUGACAGUUGUCAUUCCUCUUUGUUUCCGGUAUUGGAUUACAAUACGUAUCGCCGUACACAAACCACAAACAUGCCUCCGGAAUCAAACAGGGCCUUAUACUACGAAUCAGGUUUGCGGAGUUACCGAAGUAACUUUGGUCACCUCUGAUUACACCUUUUAGCCGGGUAAAUUUCUAUGGCAAUGAAUCCUUCAGAACUAGCCUGCUCCAGGGCAGGCUAACUUGCAGGGCUAACUCCAUUUAUCCUGAAUGAAGUGUCUCAGCCACGAGUUGAGGACCAAUGAAAUCAGAUUCCCUCCCUCUCGCAAAGAUUGCAUCAUCAUCAUCCCCUUCAUUUGAGUAAGAUGACUGAUUUUAAAUAUUUUAUUAAAUCAAUGUGUUAAAGAAAACACUGAACAAAAAUAUAAAACGCAAAAUGUAAAGGGUUUCAGACCAUGGAGAAACAAGAUUCUCUGGUCUGAUGAAACCAAGAUUGAACUCUUUGGCCAGAAUGCCAAGCGCCACGUCUGGAGGAAACCUGGCACCAUCCCUACGGUGAAGCAUCAUGCUGUUGGGAUGUUUUUCAGCAGAAGGGACUGGGAGACUAGUCAGGAUCGAGGGAAAGAUGAAUUGCACAAAGUACAGAGAUCCUUGAUGAAAACCUGCUCCAGAGCGCUCAGGACCUCAGACUGGUGUGAAGGUUCACCUUCCAACAGGACAACGACCCUAAGCACACAGCCAAGACAACGCAGGAGUGGCUUCGGGACAAGUCUCAAUGUCCUUGAGUCACCCAGCCAGAGCCCGGACUUGAACCUGAUCGAACAUCUCUAGAGAGACCUGAAAAUAGCUGUGCAGCGAGGCUUCACAUCCAACCUGACAGAGCUUGAGACGAUCUGCAGAGAAGAAUGGGAGAUACUCCCCAAAUACAGGUGUGCCAAGCUUGUGGCGUCAUUCCCAAGAAGACUCAAGGCUGUAAUCGCUGCCAAAGGUGCUUCAACAAAGUACUGAGUAAAGGGUCUGAAUACUUAUGUAAAUGUGAUUUCCGUUUUUAUUUUAACAUUUGCCUACAUUUCUAAAAACCAGUUUUUGCUUUGUCAUUUUGGAGUAUUGUGUGUAGAUUGAUGAGGGAAAAACAAAAUUUAAUCAAUUUUAGAAUAAGGCUGUAAUGUAACAAAAUGUGGAAAAAGUAUACCCCUGUUCUAAUAUCAGUCAUUGUUGUCUCUCUUCGCUACAGGCAAUCAACUUCUCUCCCUUCAAAAUAAGAGAGGCCAAAAUAAAAGUGCGGCCGUGCAGUUUGUGAAUAAGAAAUGGGGUGAGUUUCCUACGUCCUUCAACAAGCUGUGCUUGGCUCAGCUCUUCCACAAUCAAUACACAAUUUCUACAUGGCUGCCACGACUUAAAAUGCAUCAGUAGUAAUGUGAUUGUUAUAGAAUUGCAUCUGGCUCUUUGGGUCACACUGCUACUCGGUUUACUAAAUGGUUUUGUAUGUUAUCUGGGAAGGAUUGCUUAUCUGUGAUGUCAUAUCCUUACAGGCACAGAGAAGAAGGCAAAAGCGGAGAAGUUGAAGAAGCAAUGGAUUCACAAACAGAAGGUUCCCUCAAGCUGAGCAAAUGGGGAAAUAUGGGGUGGACACCAAUCGGGUAAUCUCCCUUUCACUCUGCCCUGAUAUGAAAGCUCUGGAUAGGUUGAAUAUUUGUGGUUAUAUAUUAAACUAGCCUUCUGGUUUGGGCCAAUGUUGGUUCCGUCACUUUGCUUUCACCCAUCCAGACCAUUCAGAAGCCGGAUCAAGCAUCUGAGAGUAGGAGUGCUGAUCAUGUAAUUUGAGUCAUUGUGAUGUAAAAGGCAAAACUGAUCCUGAAUCAGCACACCUGCUCUGAUACAUAUGGCCACCGAUCUCAGAGUUAAGUAAAUCCGUUUUUAUAUAUUUUUGCACCUCAUGUGGAAUGAUCUCAAACUCCUUAAAGUUGGAGCCUCUAGGGCAGUUCAGGUGGAUGUUAGAGGGCCUUUUUACUGAAGAAUGUGUUUGUUUCAUAUGAUUGUGUUUUGCUUUUCAUGUA